AUGUCACGUGUCAGCAGCAAGUGGAGCCACAUCAAGUCCCGUGCUCCCACCGGGAAAAGGAAUGGGACGCCGUGGAGGACACUAGACUUUAACCAGAAACGAAGCAAGAUAGCGUGUCGCCCAGCAGUUUUCAAGAAAACUCUGCAUUCUUUAGCUAACUAUCUCCGAAAAUUCGAUUCGAGAUACCAAAAAUGGCUUGAUUUAUCAGCCUGUGCUGACAUUCGCGGAACCUUGUACCGAGUGAGGUUUCUCUGGAGAGGCUAGACGCGCGAAGCCAUAGUAUGUACAUUUUGGCCGGAUCCACAGAGAUGUAAUGGUGGUGAGAAUUUGUAUCGCUAGGGCACAUCUGUCCGUGUAAAAUCAACACCAAGAUCUUACUUGUAGGGUGAGGGU